CUUCCCUACCUGUAUCUUCACCAUUCCACGAGCUUCCAUAGGUACCGGAUGGGGUGUUUUCUUGCUUGUUUUGGAUUUCAUAAGCAUAGGAAGAAACGCCGAUCACCACCCGAUGGAGUCGUAAUUGGCGACCAAAUACAUCUAAGUUAUGAGCCUCUAGAUUCCUCUCAAAUUACAAAUUGCGAUACAAACGAGAAACUCGAGGUUAAGAAUUCUAAACCGAGGGAUAGAACUAAGGAGCAGCCUUGGGUCAAAGUCAGGAAGAAAGUUAGCUUUAAUCUAAACGUCCAGACUUAUGAACCUGUCCCAGAUUAUGACUAUUUCCUAGAGAGUGAUGAAGAGGUAAAAAAUGAAGAACAUUGCCAAGAAACAACAGCUACAACUGAUUCCACACCACUCCAAAACAAGGCAUUUACCACCUCCAAUUCCGGAAAAUACCCUCAAAACCACAGAUACCAGAAUUGUGAAGAUAGUUAUGAUGAUGAAGAAGAUGACGAUUCUGGAAAUUGUGACAGUGAUUUGGAUGAUAGUGAAAUUGAUGAAAAUCAUGAUGAGAACAAUGAUGAGUUUAGAUCAUGCGCAUUGGAAAAUGAUAAUAUUGUAGAGAGGAGGCAACAAGUUCAUUCUGUACUAAAACCGGUAGAAAAUCUUACUCAAUGGAGGACAGCUAAAGCAAAAGCAGGGUCAUUCACUAAACAUCAGGUGCAAAACAAGAUUAAGACAUCAACUCAAGCAAAGUCUCCAGCAAUUUUCAGUUCAAACACAACUUCAAUUCAGCCACAAUUAAAGUCAAGAUCAAAUUUGUGCUUACCUGAUACUCAAAUGCAAGAGAACGAUCUGGUGCAUUCAAGCCUCUCAGAUUGGUUGGUCAGAACUGCAUAGAUCAGUCUAGGAAAGAAGCUACAACACAAUCAAUUUCAUUAAAACAAUAAAGGCUGAAGAAUCUCUUCUCUUAUCUUUUAUGUAGCAAAGAGAAACAGAGAAUGAAAGAAAAAACGAGGUUUGAUAGAUCAAAUUUCUUGAUUUGCUGGUUUGUGUAGAAGGUUUUCUAUUUUUCUAUUUUUUGUUUUUUUAAAAAAAGGAUUUCUAGCUGGUGUUGUUUGGAUUGUUUUGUUAAUUCAUUAAAAUGUAAGUUGUUUUCUUCUGUUUAUGCAUGCUGUUUCCACAAGAUAAUGCGAACAUUAUUUUUUAAUCAAAUAACAUGUUGAAGAUUUGUCCUACUGA